UUCUUGUGCAGCUCUCUCUGGGUCACUCACGUUUUGAACUUCUUCCAGGUCCCAUAGGAACCCCCUCUUCUUUCUCCAUUCUUUUAGCUUGCUGCUGUCGCGCCGGAGCUGCAACUACCCGAUCAACUGUACCAACUUGAUGGAGUGCGUGGUUCAGGGAAUUAUAGAAACACAGCAUGUUGAGGCCCUUGAGAUUCUUCUUCAGGGUCUUUGUGGUGUUCGCAGAGAAAAUUUGAGGGUCCAUGAGAUAUGUCUUAAAAGUGGCCCGAACCUUGGGGCUGUAGCUUCAGAGGUUCGACUUAUAUGCAAUCUUGAGCAAACUGAACCAACAUGGACCGUAAGGCAUAUAGGAGGUGCAAUGAGAGGUGCAGGUGCUGAGCAAAUUUCAGUUCUAGUAAGAACAAUGGUCGAAAGCAAAGCAAGCAAGAAUGUGCUUCGCUUAUUUUAUGCACUUGGCUACAAGUUGGAUCAUGAGCUUUUGAGGGUGGGAUUUGCCUUCCAUUUCCAGAGGGGCACACAGAUCACUGUGACUGUGUCAUCAGUUAAUAAGAUGCUACAACUGCAUGCCACAGAUGAGGCUGUCCCUGUAACUCCCGGGAUACAGUUGGUAGAAGUGACAGCCCCUGCUACAUCUGAAAACUAUACUGAAGUGGUAGCUGCAGUAUCAUCUUUUUGUGAAUAUCUUGCGCCGCUCCUGCAUUUGUCAAAACCGGGCAUUUCAACUGGGGUUGUUCCUACUGCUGCUGCGGCUGCUGCAUCUCUCAUGUCAGAUGGUGGGGGUACGACCUUAUAGCAGAAGUUGUAAAUUGCUUUAAGUAUCUCAUGUCAAUGUUGAAUGAUAUACAUGUAUCAUCUACAGCAAUCAGAACUGCUUGUCAAACUUCAUGUUAAUUCCCCAAAGUAGUUUUUCCAUAACUUGGAACUUUAGAUAGUUGUGUUGGUGACAGUUCCGCACAUGUAGUCGUGAUUGUCAAUGACAAUUACAGCUCUCUCUUUUCCCCAGGCAAUCUAUUCAAUACUAAAUGAAACA